CUCAAAUCAAACGUCAAAUUUAUUGAGUGAAAAUUCAUUGUUUUGAUUUUUCAUUUUUGAAGAAAAUAAAGUACUGUUUGUAUUCUUUUCAAUCGAGAAAAUAUCUAUUCAAUUAAUCACAGCUAGUAUUAUAGUUAUGCCGUCAUCUCUAGUGGAACUGCGCCCAGAUAGACGCCUUCUGGAUCAUGAAUUCGAGGGAUACAAGUUAAACUUGCAAUGUCUUCCCCAUUUCUGUUUAGAAUUGACUUCACCUGUAGAUAGGCUGUAUCCUGACGAAGUACAGUUCUCCUUCGUCCACGCUAAGCUCUUCGCUCUCCAUAACCAUUUAGUGUUGGAUUUUUGGGACCACCAAUACAACUACUACUACGUGGAUGCUUCACAGCAAGUACGUAAUGUAACUUUCGAUAAUAUUAACGGUACAUUCCAAACUGCUGCUGUCUACGAUGUUCCUGCUCAUGUUGAAAGAAAAUCUGGACAUUUUAACCUAUGUCUCAUGUUUCCUUCCAAUAAUUUAGCUGUAAUAAGCGAUGGCACAGGUUACAUACAUAUUGUUGAUACAGGCACAAGGAAUAGGCCCGCUGGAGACAAGCAGAAAUGGAUUACUGUUUAUUCCAACCUUGUUCUCGGAGAAGGUAAAUAUUUUACCAUUGUAGAUACAAGGAUUCAAGAUAAAAAAGAUGUUGAAGUUUUACAUUGCCUCCUUCAAUCAGUGGAGCAACAAGAAAAGCAUUUUGACUCUAUUCUUACAUGGAUAACAUUGGAAAACGAUGGUCAAGCAUGGAAACAGUCAUCUAUGAAACAAAUUCAAGGCAAAGGUAUUGUCCAUUAUGCAGCUAUAGAAACAAGUUGUAAUGCUCUUUAUGUAGCUUCUGAUAAUUUAUUUAAAUUCAUAUCAGAUUCGGAAAAAGAAAUUGUAGAGAAACCACAGGAGACAAAGCAAAUAAUUUAUACUUGGCUGCAAACAGCUGACGAUGUUACAAUAACACUAAAAUUGCAAAGUAAUUUUGACAAGAAACAUUUUUUUGUUAAUGUCACACCUUUGGCAAUAAAAAUCAGUUAUGGUGGCAAAGAAUUUUUGAAUGGCAAAUUAAGGCAUAAGGUAGACAGUGAGUUAACAACUUGGAACAUACAGGAAAAUGGUCAAGUGGAUAUUUUGAUAACUAAGUCUGAGAGCUUGACUUGGGAUGAGUUGAUUGAAGGUGGUGAUAGCAAUGGGGAGCAAAUAAUUGAUGCGAGCCUCGUAGAGGAAGUGCAUAAGAGGCUAGCUCACUUGUGCUCCGAGACAGAAGUGGUAGCUGACCAACAAGUGCCUGGUCUGAAUACACAAGAGUUGGAAGAAUGUGAUGCAGCAUCUGAGGAGGAUACUAUAUUGGUUCGCAUGGAUACAACAAACCAUGAAAUAACACACAGGGUUUCACUAAGUGUACAUCAAUACCUGUUCAGCAUCAAGCUAGAAACCCAUGAAGUACCAGCAUUAGCUCUAAGACACGACGUAGAUGCUUGCAUAUGGCAGCCAUAUGCACAACUAAUAAACACAGAUACUUGGCCUAUGAAACAUGACGGGACUUUAAUGGCAUUCGGUUAUGUACAAUCCUCAAAACAGAAUAGAAAAUUCAUUACUUGUUCACCAAACUUUACAUACAGUGUAGUUUGCGAAGCCACACGUCAUAUUUUCAUUUAUAAGAAUAGCGGAAACCAGGACUGUCAGUUGAGAAAAAGAUCCGAAGGUAUAAUGAAAAAUAUUAAAAUCGGUCAACAGCAUGUUGUCAAUAUUGAUAAAUACGGUGAAGUUUUGGGUAUAAAUGCAACAAAUGAGUACUUGUUUGUGUUAACAGAGAAUUCUUUGAUAGCUAUAGGGGUUUGAAUGAAAUAUAUAUUUAUAUUG